GUGGUUAAUGGGAAUCCGCUGACGGAGCACAACCAGUUGUUCGUGCGGGCAUAUGUAUGCGCGGAUCAGCAGGUGCUGUGUUUAACAAAACUGGAUGGAAGUCACGGUUACAAGCACGCCGAUCUGAGGGGACAUUCUCACGGUACGGACUCUUAUUUCCAGGAUGCGCUGACAUAUAUGACAUGCUCACGGCGAUCGGCAGUCACAGAUAAACUCCACCUGGCAUCUCCACUCCCUCGGUAGCCAUGGCUUUCGCUAUAUCUGGAGGGACCGUGUUCACCAUCCUUCUCAUUAGCAGGUUGUUAGAGAGCUCGUUGCUCAACGCAGAAGUGAAGGAAGGAGAGAUCCUGCCUCCUACCAUUCAGAGGCUGAUGAAAGGAUACAACAAGUACCUCAGGCCUUUCUUUGACAAUGGUCCUGUAACAGUGGGUAUGAGCCUGGACAUUGCCAGCAUUGACACCAUCUCAGAGAUCAACAUGGACUACACCGCCACCAUAUUCCUCCGCCAGCGCUGGACGGACGAGCGCUUGGUGUUUGAGGGCAACAAGAGCUUGAGUCUUGACGGGCGCCUGGUGGAACUGCUCUGGGUUCCUGACACCUUCAUCGUCGACUCCAAGAAGUCCUUCCUCCAUGACAUCACCGUGGCGAACAGGCUGAUUCGCAUCUUCCCCAAUGGGACCGUCCUUUACGCGCUGAGGAUUACCACCACCGUGGCUUGCAACAUGGAUCUGACAAAGUAUCCCAUGGACAAGCAGACCUGCACACUACAACUGGAGAGCUGGGGUUACAACGUCAAUGAUGUCAUGUUCUACUGGACCAGAGGAAAUGAGUCUGUCAGUGGUUUAGACACUCUACAGCUGGCUCAGUACACAGUAGAGGACCACUACACAUCUGUCUCAGAGGCCGUUUAUGAAACUGGCAAUUACCCGAAGCUGGUCUUCCACUUUGAGCUGAAGAGGAGCAUUCUGUACUUCAUCCUUGAGACUUAUGUCCCCUCGAGCCUGCUUGUUGUCCUCUCAUGGGUUUCCUUCUGGAUUUCCCUGUCCUCUGUUCCAGCACGUAUUUGUAUAGGAGUUACCACAGUACUGACUAUGACCACUCUGAUGAUGGGCGCCCGGACAUCGCUGCCCAACGCCAACUGCUUCAUUAAAGCCAUUGAUGUUUACUUAGGGAUUUGCUUCAGUUUUAUCUUUGGAGCGCUCAUUGAGUACGCCGUGGCCCACUUCUGCACCCUCACUCACACCGACUCACACAUGCUCAUGUAUUCCCACCACUUGCACGACCUUGACGACGAAAUGAACGGCAUCAUCACCACCAUCGCCAAUCACAACAGGGCCAAGAGACGCAAGGAGGCUGCCGCGACUCCCACGCCGGCCCCUGCCUCCCUAGAACUCACUGUCAGCCCGUCCAGCCCCUCGGGCAGUGAGCCUAAGCCUGAGGCAUCACCCCCGGAACCUACCAACUGGUGCCUCACUGCUCUGGCCACCGUCCGCAAAGUGCUUCGCUCCAUAAAUUGCUGUCACGUGGAGAACCCUCACCACAUAGACAACUACUCCAGAGUCACUUUCCCCCUCUCUUUUGUCAUGGUUAAUCUGCUCUACUGGACAUAUUAUCUGUACUUUUAGCGUCGGCUUGAGCGCAGCACGUGUCCCAGAGAGUGUGAGACAGAGAGUGUAUGUAGUCAAGAAGUGUAUUUUACUGUAUGUAUGUAUGUACAGUAAGUGUUAUUUAGGUUUGUUUCAAGAUGAGUGUGUAAAAUUUCUGCAUUUGGAUUCAUGAGCGAAGUAGCAUACUUAUAUAGGGUUGUCUUCGAGGAAAAGUAAUGCUUAUAAUUACAGCUCCAUUUUUAAAUAUUGUAUACUUAAACUGACAAAGUUUUAUACAGCGGUCUUCUUAAAACUGGGCGAGAUUUAAUCAAUGCUCAUACAAACUGAGAUGAAAAGAACAUUGCUUAGAAAGAAAGACUUCGCGAGUUUGCAUCUUUUUCGCCGUAGUAUAUUCAUUUUAGGUCUAUCACUGUGCAGGUUGUUACUGUUGGACGCACAGAAGAUGGAGCUGUAAUUUAAGGCUUUAUGGCAUAAUAUGCUGGCAUUGCUGAGGGAGAGCAAAAGCCCGCUCCACUUUCAUUCCCUGUUGUGAUGGAUUGAUUAUUGAACUUUACAACUUCAUCUUCCAUUUCUGCCUACAGGUACAACAUUUAGAGGGAAAUAGCAAAAAUAAUGGAUAGGAGAUGAGAGACGAGGGAGCAAAUAACUCAACGAGGAGAGUGUGUUAAAAAAUAUAAACCAGUCUCCCAAGGACGAUCGCUUCCGUUCGCUGUUGAAACCUCUCUGUCUUCUGUGUCCUUCUGUGAGUUAUUUUUAAUUCACUGAGCAGUGCUGACUCUCUUUGCCUGCAUUUAUUUUUUUCAUUGACACUAUAAAUGUAGUGGCCUUUGAUCCCUUCAGUUGUAUUUUGGAAAUCUGGCCACCAUGGACAGUAUUAUGGCACUUGUCAUCUCACAAAUCUGUUCUGCAGAUUCACGAGGAAGGAAAUGAAACUGAAACAUGAUGACCAAUAAAUUAUACAGCAUAAAUAUCACACCAUGGAAUUAAUAAUGAUAUGAAUAAAUAGAGUGAAAUAUAGAUAAGAUUUGAAAUUAUUUCUAAAAUAUUAUUUUAUUUAAAGGGGGCCUUUUAUGCUUUAACAUAUUUUGUGUCUUAUAUAUAGAGUUAGUGUCAGAAAUUCAUAUUAAAUGUAGUUAAAGUUUUAAAUUUUGAGGUAAACGUAGGUAAAAGUAAUCCCUCUGAGCAAAAUCCUCAGGUUGCAUACCUUUCUGAACACUCCACUUCCAGCAGUUUUUCAAUACUCUGGCAACAGUUUGACACCAAAGUGUCACCGAUUUCUUUAUAUGGUCAUCUGCUCCAGGCAUGCCGCUGCAACUGCUCACAUUAUGUAGCCUUCACUGCUACAUGUAGCUACAUGCUAAUGUCAGCAAAAUAUGUAAUCUUGGUUGCCAGUGUUGGUAAUUUCUCUCUGAUUUCAGAUCAUAUUCCUGCUAGAACAUUGUCAGAUUGUGAGGAUUUUGGCAUAGACGCUUUUAUUGGUGAUUUUUCACAGUUCAGGGUGCCGCUAUUCUCCAUUACUGCAAGUACACUGCUAUAUGUAGCUCCAUGCUAACAGCAGGAAAACAUGUAAACUUGAUUAUCGAUGUUGUACAGUAUAUUUCUCUCAGAUAUCGGACUGUAUUCCUGUUGUAACAUGUCUGAUUGGGUUUAGAAGCUUUAAUUGGAGAAUUUUCAUUCCCCAGGUGAAAGUACACCGAUAGUGUACAUAUAGCUAUGUGCUAACACCAGGGAAACAUGUAAUCUUUGCUGCUGAUGUUAUUAAUUUCUCCUCAAUUUCAGAUCAAAUUUCUGUUGGAACAUGUCCGGUUAUCUUAAGAAUCUUUUAUUGGUGAUUUUUGUGGCAGAAAGUGCAACUAUUCUCCAUUACAGUCACUUCCCUGGCUGCUAUGACAGUACAGAGAUGCAAAUAUACGAAACCUGAAAAUGCUGACAAAUCAGAGCAGAAUGGGCUUUUUCAGGAGAGCGGCUUAAAGAGACAGGUGUAACAGAAAGAGGGUGAAUGCAGGUGUUCCAGCACAGGCAGUGUAAGGAAAAUGAAGUGGUUUUUUUUUUGUUUUGUUUUUUUUUUAUAAAGCAUGUCAAUAUGUUCUAUUAGAAACCCCAAAUACAAGUAUGAACUUGAAAAUGGGCUUAAUAGGUCCCCUUUAAUCUUUUUUUCUUUUUCAUUAUAGGUAUAAAAAUAACAUAGUAAUGGGAUGUGUUUUAAUAAUAAAUAACAUUAUUUUACUAUUUAUUGGUUGAUUUGUAAAUGUCACUUUAUUUAUUCACAUGAGUUUGUAUUUUAGUAUGUUUCAUUUACUUAUUUAAUGUGGACUUUGUGUUUUAUAUUAACUAGACAUGUGUAAUGCAACAUUGUGACAUACAGGGCAACAACACCAAGACAGACACAUAAUAGUGAUAUACACAGCACUCUUUAUUUGCUGCUGGUAGUGUUUCUCUGUCUUUGUAAAACAUAACACAGCAGUCAGACCUAGAUGUGUUAGACACUGUAGAGUGAUUUGAAUAUGAAUGAAAUGGCCAAAAUAUUUCAACGGGAUGUCAUCAUCUGUGCAUUAUCCAAAUGGAAAAAGGCCUGGAUAUGCUACACUUGAGGUUUCACUUCUCUCCUCAGUUUUUAGGCUGUUGUCAUCUCUCGCUGAGUGGCUAUUGAGUAUUUCAGUUCAGGUGAUAUGGUACAUUUGCUACCAGUGAUGUGAACCAAAGAGCCAAAGAUUCCGAUUUUAUUUCCUUUUUCUUUCCCUUUAGUUCUUCAACUAGGAGAAUUUAAGUGCAUUUUCAAAUAUCAUGUUUGUUAUUGAUAGGAUCAUUCUGAAAUAGCAUGCAGUCAAUGAGCAGAUGAACAUAACACUUUACAUUUCAGACAGAAAACAUGAUUCAGUUUAAAUACAGGGAUGCAUGUUUAUUUAUUGCUGUAUUCAAUAUUACUGUGACAUAUGCUCACUCAUUCCAUCUCAUUUUUAAGAACUACCAUUUGAUGUGUAUUAAACAUUAGCUACAUUUGUAUCUAUUUAUAUUUCAUUGCCUUUUAAUCUGUUUAUGUUCCUAUUUUAUCUACAUUCUUUCUCAUGUUUUAAUCUAUUUUUGAAUAUGUCAUCAACUGACAUGUUUUGAUUGCUCUCCUUGCCUGAUGAUAAUAGAAAAGUAGGAUUUACUUUUGUUUCCGUUUUUUCUGCAUGGUUAGCAAGUGCAACUUUACUUUCCUCUGCUUUGCUUGAUUUGUUUUUUGGAGAAUCAUCAUAAAAUGCUCAACUGAGGCUGUUGAAAGGAUUAGAUCUGUGAUUGCUAAUGAUGCAGCUUUGAAUUUGGGUCUCAUCUGAGUCCAAAAGUGCAGGAUGUUUGAACUUCUGUUCUCAUUUUCAGUUAUUUGAAAGGAUGAGUGAUCAGUGACAGUGUUCAUUUGCCUUUGAGCUGUGUCUGCUCAGCAGAAGUUGGUGAGCACCAGCCAAUUGAAAAAGGUUAAUAUGAUUAAACAGACUGUCAGCUUUUAUACAAUAUUGCACCACGGUGGUAGUUUUGAUAGUCAUCUUCUCAGUGAACAGUACAAGAAAUGAAUGCCAAUAUGGAGCCAAAGAACCACAAGAGCAACCACAGAGAACGUUUUUUUUUUUUUCACUUGGUGAUGAAGUUGGUCCAUACACAAAGCUUAAGGGUAUCAAUUGUCCGAUGGCUCCACGGUCGCAACUACAUUAUCAGCGCUGGUUUGCUCUGAACGAACAGCAUUUUGGAUGGUUACAGAAAACCAAGGAUGGUGAUAAAACAUUGUAGAAACAAAGGUAUGACAUUUUGGGCAACAUUACCAGAGCAUUUGUGGAGCAACAACAGAAAAAUGGAACAUGGCUACCGUUGGAGUGCCCUUUCUUUCCUGUUGUGGGACAUGUCUAAUAAUGCCUCAAGGUGAUGUUGGCUACCAACCUCACAGUUCCUGGGACAUCUUCAUGUGAAAUGUAUUUAUAUACUGUAGUACCAUGCUGAUAUAGGCAUUGAUUUGCUUAACCUGUUGUAAAUAAAUAGUAACACUGUGCAUGAUCAUUUGGUGUAUGAAUAUGAAUGAUAGCAAUAAAAGAGGUUAAUGUGUGUA